AAAGCAAGCAACACGCGCGCCGGCGUUUUCGCCGCUCAUGGCAUUGGAGGGCGUCGCGAGCCCGGCGCGGCAGGGGGCCAAGGCACAGCUGCUGCAGACGGUGCUGAAGCAGGGCGGCGCCAAGUCCGCCGCCGCCCUGCGGCGCUGGGCGCGGGAGGGCCGGCCCUACCGGGGCUUGGUCUUCACUUUGGAGGAGGUUGAGGCAGCCAUUGCGGCAGAGGUGAAGCCCGAGUUGACAGCGGCUAAGCCGGCUCCCUCGACUCAGCCCUCCGCGCCGGAGCCGGAGGGCGUCAGAGCGGCCCAAGCGGAGGACGGCAAGGGGGCUACUGCUGGCUUGACCGCCACCCUCCGCUGCGAGCCCUGGCCCCCGGACUUCCUGCCCACUUCGGUGGCCGCGGCGCUGCGCGUUGUGGGGGACGCUGGUGUCGGCGGAAGAGAUGCGGGGCCGCCUCUUCCUCCAGGCCACAGCACGAUCACGAGCUCGACCUGCACGGACCUUCUCAAGAGCCUCUACGAGGGCCCCAAGGGAGCGCGGUACCCCGACCUGGUGCUUGCGGUGGGUCCGGCGGUGCGCAUCGGCGCGCACAAGGCGAUCCUGUCUGGCUGGUCGAACUUCUUCCAAGCGAAGUUCGCCAGCGCCUUCGGGGACGCCGGGGAGGCGGUCUUAGACCUCACGUCCCAAAGCCCGGACGUGGUGCGGGCCAUGGUGGAGCUGAUGUACCUCGGGCGCUGCGAGGUGCUGCCGGCGCAUCUGCCGGAACUGGUGGUGCUGGCGGACUUUUGGCAAGCGCCGCUGCUGGCCGAAGCGGCCCGGAAGUACUGGCAUAUGCUGCCGAUCGUCCACCAGCUCGAGGUGCUGUCCAACCUGGACGAGAACUCAGCGGUGCCGCAGGCCAUGGUGGGCGCCCUGGUGGAUUCCCUCAGUGGCAGCUUCAACAACGCCACCCAGCACCUGCAGAGGGGCACGGCGUCCGCCUGCUGGAGGCUGUUGGGUGAGCUGCACACCUGGCUGCAGCACACCCCUUCUGUGCCUUUGGGGAACCUGAGGGGCUGGCUGAGCCUGGAGGAGGAUGAGCUGAGCAUUGCAGUAGAGAGGUUCGUGUUGGCCGCGAUCAAGGCAGCGGACGAGUUGACGAAGCAGCAGCUUCUUUCGAGGCGGAGCUUGAAGACAUGGCUUCCAGAGCCCAUGCUGCGGCGUAUUGUGCAGCAGCUUGCAACACUUGGGGCCUUCAACGAGGGACAGGUGGCCUUUUGGGUGUCCUGGACAUUGUCGGGAGGCCUCAGCUGCGAAAUGCUGUUAGACCUCUACGAGGACCUCGAGCGCAAGGUAGACCUCCAGGAGCCCGGAGAUCUUCAAGUCUUUGAAGGCCUUCAGCCCGCCUUUGGGCUGGCGCUGGCGGAGGAGUCGCUGCUGAACCCCUCCGCCGGCUUCUGGGAGCGGCACUGGCACCGAGGAGACAACUUCGGGUGGGUGAUGCGACACGCCGCGCGCGUCUUGGGCGAGGCAGCGCUGAGAGGGAGGCCGGUGCCUCCGCUCCCGGCGAGCUGCGCCGCCGCGGCCCUGGAGGCGGCCUUCGCCCGGGCGAAGCCGCUGGCGCUGCGGGUGGCGGGGCCCGAGGCUGUGGCCGGGACCUACCAGGCUGAGGCCGGCGCUUUCCGGCGGAGGGGCGAGGGGCCGGUGCUGGAGCUGCGGCGCACGGACAGGACCUUUGGAGGCCCCACCGCGACCGUCAGCAGGUUUGAUGUCGUGUGGAAAGGCCUACCGGUGGCGGACUACAAGAAGGCCACCAGCCUGUGGUCCAUCGAGGAUAUCCAUGCGGUGGAGAGUGAGGAGAUGCAGCCGCCGCUGGCGCUGCUGCUCACCAGAUCCGCUCCUUGGGAGCGGAUGGUGCUGCGCUGGUGGUACGGCGGCGAGGUCUUCCGGCCGGAGCCCGGUCUCAGGGUGCAAGUGGAAGCCAUCAGCGAGGCUGAGGCCAGCUGCCUGAAGUCCAGCCUCGGGCCGUGGACGGCGGCCUUCUUGCGCCAGGUGGCGGAGGCAUCGGAUGUCUUGGCGGUGCAGAACCUUUGCAGGGCGGUGCAAGCUGAGAAGGCACCUGCGCCGGUUUCGUCGCCGCUGAAACCAGCGAGUUCAGCGGCGCCCCCUGCGCCGCCCGAAGUGUGUUGCGACGAAUGGCAGAAGGCUGCAGAGAUUGUGCGCGGGGCGGCGAAGCAGUUGUGUCAACUCCUGCAGGACCUGCAGGGUGACCUCUCCCCCGCGGAAGCCAAACACCUGCUGGCGCGGAAGCGGCGCCUGGAGAGCGAGGACACCUUUGUGGCGGCAGUGCGGCGGCUGGAGAAGCCCACGGCGAAAGACGAUCUCGGCGAUGGCUGACUGCUUUGCGGCCAGUGUGGGGAUGCCUAGUGCACAGAGCCAUUUGUGCCGAAUUCGUUGGGGAGCCUUUGGGGCAAAAGAUUCGCUGGCUGCAGGGAUUUUG